GAGGAGGGGUGUGUGUGUGUAAUCUUCACUCUUCUCUACACCUCCUUCCGUGUCAUUCUGAGCAGAUCGUGUCUUGAUCCAAGGAGCAAGCACGUUGAUCGGACCUGCACCUGCUGCUUCCAGAUGAUUCAGCCAUUUUCAGUGACGGCUAGCGAACACAAAGCAUGAACCGCAGCCCAGCCUCAGCCUCACUCCUACAGCCCUGCCCUCAGGUGAGUGCCGCACUCUCUGUGGAGCUCUCUGAUACACUCUAAGGCAGGAUCCACCCUCGGGCAGCCUCCUGUGGCAUCUCUGGCACAUAUGUCUUAUUUAUAGACUUUUUGCCACUGUUUGUAUCUCUGCUUCAUUGGAGACCGUGAGAACUAACCUGGAAAUUAGAGCCACGGAAGUCCGAGCACUUGCCCUGGUAAUGAGGUUAGUGCACUGAGCAUCGUGUCUGUGUCCGUGUCCCUUCCCCCCUCACCGGUGAUCUGAUAAUGGAAAGAACACUUUAUGAGGCAACAUGCCUGACGCCGCUACUGUGUAAUGCGCUGAGCUAAAGGACAUCUGGGCAGCUGCUUCUCAAAGACAGAAAGACAGGGAGAUAUGAAGUCAGAGGCAGCAGAGGACAUCUCGGCCGGACUCGCAUCUCAAGCCUCUGAGUGUCUAGAGCCUCCGUCGGAUGUCUUGUCUGAGGUUGUCACGAAAGAGACGCCCGAAGAAGAGGAGGAGGAUACAGCAGGGGACGGCAAUGGCAGCAAGCAUGGUCCUCAGGGAUGCGUGCCUUUGCCUGCAGCUGCAUGCUGCGUGUGCCUGGAGCUAGAGAGGGUGCGUAACUGCAUUCGCUCUGAAAAAAUCUGCAUCCUGCCCAUCCUUGCCUGCCUGCUUAGUCUGGCCCUCUGCACUGCCGGCCUCAAGUGGGUCAUUGUGGACAAGAUCUUUGAAUACGAGCCACCGACACACCUCGAUCUCAAGCGCAUAGGACAUGAUCUUCUCAUCGAUUCUGACCCCACUCAAAAUACUCUAUCAAUGUCACCUCCCUCCCUGACAUCUCUGAGCAUCCCGGGACUGCCGAAAGUCUUUGUGGAGGGGGAGUCCACAGCCGGGCCAUUUAAGCCCCCCUCAUCAAAGGUGUCCAUUUUUACGCCCACUGCAGAUGUGACUACCCAUCCAAACCCUGAGUCUACAUUGAGCCCCAAGAGCACCUUUAAACCUGCUGAGAAUGACACUCAAUAUCCAUCACAAACUCUGGAAUCGAAUGAACUCAUUGCAAGAACCUCGGCCACCAGUACGACUCCGGCACCUAAAACGUCUAGUCACGUGACGCGCUGCAGUGAGAGCGAGAGUAACUACUGCGUGAAUGGAGGAAAAUGCUUCACGCUGGAGGUCACGCCCGGCAACAUCAGACGCCUCUGCAGGUGCCCUGAUGAAUUUACUGGUGAACGCUGCCAAAACUACAUAAUGGCCAGUUUCUACAAACAUCUUGGGAUUGAAUUUAUGGAAGCAGAGGAGCUCUAUCAGAAACGGGUUUUGACAAUAACAGGCAUCUGCAUCGCUCUUCUAGUGGUUGGCAUCUUGUGUGUGGUGGCUUACUGCAAAACAAAAAAACAGAGGAAAAAGAUGCACGAUCGCUUGCGGCAGAGUUUACGAGAGCGAAACACUGCGGCUAAAUCCCCUCAGCACCCACACCCUCCCCCUGAAAACCUGCAGCUGGUCAAUCAUUACAUGCCGAACAAUUUGAUACCUCCUCAUAUGCAUGUGACGGAUAAAGAAGCAGAAACAUCUCUGUCCAUCAACGAGUUCACUUCAUCAACACAUCCGUCAGUUGCUGUCUCUCACUCCAACAGCCAAUGCUGGAGUAACGGGCAAACAGACAGCGUGGGUUCUGACAGUCAUGCAGUCUUGGUGAAGUCAUCACUGGAGAACUGCCGACACGGGACACCCAGCCACAGGGGGCGUUUGAACGCUACUGGAGGUGUCCACCAGCUCAAUGAUUACAUGAAGAGCUCCUGCAGAGACUCUCCCUACAGCGAGAGGUACGUCUCUGCCAUGACCACAUCCACCCAUAUGUCACCCAUGGGGCUUCUCUCUCCAGUGACACCAUCCUCACCUCCGUCCGAGAUGUCAGCUCCUCUCUCCAGCCUAGCGACCUCUGUCCCAUCCAUGGCAACGAGUCCCUCAGGAGAGGAAGAGCGCCCCCUGCUGUUCCGGACACCCCCGGUCCUGCGUGACAAAAACCAGGUGCAAAAGUCAGGCCAUUCGCAUCCUCUCCAUAACUCCGCACACUACAACCACGGCCUGGAUCUGCCGAGCCCGCCGCCCAGCCCCCAGCACAUCACAGAGGACGAGGAGGACGAGAGUUUACCACGGUGCACGAUCGUGGCGGCCGCCCUGUCCUCACCCCCGCACAGCCCAGUUCACCAGAGCAACAGAACUCAGAUGGAGCCGACCAGCAUCAGUAACUCUGAGAGCUGUAGCUCCGAGAGUGAAACAGAAGACGAGCGAGACGGGGAGGACACACCGUUUCUGGGCUUACAGAACCCACUGGCCGCCACCGCCUCUGUAGCUCUAGACGGGCUGGAGGGCAACAGAACUAACUCUGUCCUGCACCUGUCGCCGCAGGACGACCUGCAGUGCAGACUGAGCACCGUCAUGGCCAACCAAGAUCCUAUAGCUGUGUGAGCGAUGCAUCGAAGAAAAAUACUGUAGACCACUAAACCUUUAUUUUCUAUAAGUAUUGGAAGGAAAUUAAUGCAACAAGAAAAAAUUCCACUUUUAUUUUAGUGAUGUAGUGAAACAGACUUUUAUAAAUUCAACAUGAAUAAAAUGUUUUGGUGUCGUGGAUAAAAGUGCCAUUCACAUGUAGCUGAGGUCACAGUAUUUCAAUGGCAGAAAAAUAUUAUCAAUGGUGCCUUUUAAUUUCAGUUUUGGAAAAAAGAAAUUGCAUUAUGACACUGGGCCAUAUAUUCACAACUUUACAAAAAAAAAAAUCUGUGUAAAAAACCAGCACUCCUUGUUUGAGCCGUGAUGUCUGAUUUAAAAAGCUGUGGUGAAAAUGUUUGUUGUUAUUCUUGCUGAUAAAAACCCUAGAUUUUGACUCGAGUCUAAGUAUGUGUGGCUGCUGCAUUACAACGGACAAAAUGUAAUGGAAAUCACCCUGCAGAUCUUUAUUUAACUUUUUCUACUGCAAGAGCAAAAAUAGAAAUAAAGAAAAAAUAUGCACAAGAUGCAAAUCAUAUCAAAUCUGAUGUUAAACAAACAUAACUAUGCCACAGACACUGUUAUUGUUUUAAAUAAAGUAUAUCAGACAUUAGUUCAAGAAGACCGUCAGUAGAAGCUUUUUUUAUUUUGUCUGAUGUCAUUUUUCCAUUUCGUUCUGAAUGACUGAAUAUAUGGCUCACUAAGUCAAUCAUGUUCAUUGGCUUCUCCAGCAAUGCAUCAUGGAAAGUUCUAAAACCACGUGAUGAUACUAGGUGUUAUACCGCAGAUGGCAACAGCUUUUUAUUGUUAUUUCUUUUACUCAAUUAGUUAUUGUCUAAAUCUUUUUUUAACCAUAUGGAAUGUUACAUUAUAUUCAAACUGUUCCUUUGUGUCAUGUUUAUGUGUAUAUGUGUUAUCAGUUUAAGAACAAAUCGCCUAUUGUACAGACUUUUGUAAUGUUCAGAGUGGUAUAUUUGAGAGUCAGGUGACAGGGGUAUGUGCGCUGUUUGCUUCAAAAGAUUACUACAGUAAAUUAUGUAUUCACUAGGUUUAACUGACAAAAAAAAAAAAUGAUAAUAAAAAUCUUCCAACAGUCUAUCCAGCUUACUAAACAGAAGAACUGGUUACACAAACAACACUUAUAGAGCUUCUAACUUUCAACGCUCCAGUGCGUGAAGGCCUUGUCCACAAGUUUUAGCUUGAAUUAAAUGUGGCCCAUUUGGAUGUAUUUAUUUUCUUUCUUUAUUUGUUAUUUAUUUAUUUAUUAUCUGGGCCGUAUGUAAUCUAGCAUCUAUAAAUCUAUAUUUUAAUAGCUAUGAAACUAACAGAUAUUUGAAAUAUUUGGAUAUAUCCACAAACCUUAUUUUAUAGUGCGUGCGCGUGUGUGUGCGUGCGUGUGUGUGUUCACCAUUCCAUCAUAUUCCUGUGUUGUUGUUUUUUUUGCCAUUUAGGCCUAGACCGUGUUAUUCAGUGUGUCAUUCAAAACUCUUGUUCAAAAACAAUAAAUAUUCACAUUGACAAAUAUCCAUGAACCUGAUUGUACAAUUAAGCUUUUUCUGGGACACUUAAAAACACCUUUAUUCUGUUUGAGUUUUACCCAAGCCUUGAUGCAAAAAUGUUCUGACCACCUUGAAUUGUUUGAUUUUGUUGACAAUAUAAUGUGAUGCUUUAAACAUGAUGUCCCUUCAAGUCAUACUUCUGUUUUAGCAAUUUCUAUUUAUUUACUGUUUGGAUCAAAUUGUUUAUUACCUUAUGCAGAAAUAUUCCAAGCAAGGUUUAAGAGAUGUGAAUGCAUCAUUGUUCAAGCAGAGCAGAUUUUGUCUUUUUGUUUGAUCACAAGCAUUUUCCAGUGAAGGAGAAGAAUAUACUGUAGAUAAAAAGAAGAAGAAUGUGUUCUUCAGAUAUCUACAUGAGCGCUGGAGGAUGAAUGCAGGCAUGCACUGGAGAUCACAUGCAAGCAAGCAUGGUCAGACAUGUCAAUCAACACAUUACCACAGUCAAACCAUACAAAUUGUCCAUUUCACCUGCUUUUAAUGUGAAAAGUUCGAUAAAAUAUC